UUAAUUCUUGUCUGCGGCCUGCGGAUCCUCCCGGUGGUUCCGACCCACAUUAUGCAGUUAUCUUCAUGAGAAAUCUUUAGUACAGCCGUACGAAGGCACUUCCAAUGGUUACACUAACUACUCGAAACGAUGACGACGACGGACGAUCCUCACUGCCGAGUUGCGAGACAAAUCCGCGGGACAAGCUUGCUUGCGACCCAAGCUUGAUGGUAUAUAAGGAGGGUUGUAUCCAGACAUCCUCUCGUUCAACAGCCAAUCUCGUCCUCAUUCAUCCUCUUCUCAGUAUCAGAACGUGGGCGAACAACCUUUCCUCAUGCACGUCAUCUCCACCCUGGCCGGCCUGACAGCCGUUGCACCACUGGCAGCGUUCGCUACUCCUUUGGCACGAUCUUCCACCUCGCAAUUGCCAAUCAUCAAUACCACCCUGGGUGAUGUGCAGGGUCAAUACUCACCUUUUCGUGGCGGCGAUGUGGCUGUUGUCUAUAAAGGAAUUCCUUUUGCCGCUCCCCCUACAGGAGACAAUCGCUGGAAGGCUCCUCAACCUGCCACAUCGUGGAGUGGUGUUCUCAAUGCGACUGAGUUUGGUCCUCAGUGUGCCCAGACUAUCAGCAGUGCGGGUAUCUUCAGCAGUGGCAAGACUACUACGAGCGAAGACUGUUUAUACCUGAACAUCUGGACGCCCAACUACAACGACACCUCGGACAUCACAUCUAAGAAUCUACCCGUGUACUUCUGGAUCUAUGGUGGUCGGUUCGAAGGAGGCUCGGGAGAUGUGCUGACCUACGAUGGCACCGGUCUCGCAGCCAAAGACAUCAUUGUCGUGACCAUCAACUACCGUCUGGGUGCAUUCGGUUACCUUGCCCACCCCGAGCUUUCCGCUGAGUCCGGCCACAACAGCUCCGGCAAUUACGGCAUCCUUGAUCAGCAGGCUGCGCUGCGUUGGGUCCACGAGAACAUCGCCAACUUCGGUGGAAAUGCCAGUCAGAUCACUGUGGGCGGACAGUCUGCCGGCUCUGCCAGCGCCCUCGACUCCAUGUGGAGUCCUCUGAACAAGGGCCUGGUGGCGGGUGUCAUCGCCGAAAGUGGUGCGCGUGGCCCUCACGACCCUAUGACGGGUAGUGCAGCAACCAGCUACCGUACCAAAGCUGCUGCUGAAGCCCAGGGCGUUGAGUUUCUCAAGGAGUUGAACGUUACCAGCCUAGCUGCGGCCCGUAAGGUUUCUACAGAAACGUUGAUUGGAUACGACUCGCUCAGCGACACCAUCUUCGAAGGCACUCAGUUCCAGAACCUGUCCAGCUUCUUCAUGGAACCGCCCAUGUGGCGCCCAAACAUCGAUGGCUACGUCCUCCCUUACGGCUACGGCGAGUCGCUGUCUCUUGACGCGCACCUAGACGUGCCCAUCCUCACUGGAAACAACAAGGAUGAAUCGGGCGCCAGCCCUGACCCAGGCUUGACCGUCGCCAGCUACAAGGAGCUCUACACCGAGCUGUUCGGGAACAACGCCAGCCAGUUUUUCGACCUCUACCCCGGUCAGAGCCUCGCCCAGGCGAACAACAACUCGAACGAGUUCUACCGCGACCUGAGCCGUGUCGGCACCUGGCAGUGGUCCGUGGACUGGGCCGCCGGUGGUGCCAAGAGCCCCGUCUACACCUACUACUUCACCCGCAGCCCUGCUGAGAACCGCGACGAGGGUGCGUACCACGGCUCGGAGCUUUGGUACAGCUUCAACAACAUCCCCUACUCGGACUACUCCAACGUGACCUGGUACCCUUACGAUUACAUUGUCGAGGAGCGCAUGUCCAACUACUGGGCGAACUUCAUUCGGACCGGCAACCCUAACGGGGAUGGACUGCCCGAGUUCGCCCCCAGCACCAAGGACAAGCAACAGACGAUGUGGCUGGGCAAUUCCUGGGGAUCGGGCCCUCUUUCUGCUGACGACUCGCGGAUUGAGUUCAUGGAGGCUUGGUUGGCGACGAUGCCUGAGUGGUAGUUUGGGAUGGUUCAUCGCUAUCUGGUGGGUUUCUGGUGGUGCAGUGACACUGUGCGAUGCUUUAUGCUAGGUAUUGUUUAUACCUUAGUGGUCCGAGUCCUUGAAGGACAGGGCACUUUCGCUUCUUGACAUUCUUUUUCCUGUAUAUUACUACGGCAGCUACUAUACUUGGACCUGUGUGGUUUUAUCUUUUAUUUUACCCCGUUGCACAAAAUAGAGAUCACAAUAUAGUAUUUA